CUCCGGUCUGCUCAGUAAUCUGCGACUAACAUGAUGCGUCUUGUUUGUCAGCGUCAUGGUGGAUGUUUCGCGAAUAACGUUUUGGGCCUGUAAAUGCAGUUCGGCAUAAAUACCGGAAACAACCUUUUGUACAUGAUCGCGCAGUUAGCAUCAACACAAUCGUCACACCUGUGAAUCCCUCAUGAGCCUUCGCUUUCGUCUCAACCUCGCUGCAGUGAGAUCUCCAACUUUGCUUCUACCCCGCAGCAUUAAGAGUUCAUCUCUUGUCUCAACCGUCGUCGUCCGAACGUCAACCCGGAACAUCUCAACUCUAUUGCAACCGUUCCCGUUGCCCCACGCAACUACACCAAACAACUUACCAACCAUCACCAAAAGAGCCCUUAACACCACUACACCCACAAUGGCCUCCUCCGACACAAUCACCAACUGGGUAGACCCCAACGACAAGACCGGCGAAUUCAAGCGCCAAGUCUCCUCCUUCCGCUCCUUCAUCUCGCGCUCUGACCCUUCUUCCCCCUUCCCCCCCGAAAAGGGCCGCUACCACCUCUACGUCAGCUACGCCUGUCCGUGGGCCACGCGCGCCCUGAUCGUGCGCAAACUCAAGGGGCUAGAGGACAUCAUUUCCUUUAGUUCUGUGCACUGGCACAUGGGCCCAUUGGGGUGGCGGUUCCCCCUCGCUGAAGAAGGCAAGGAGGGCGGGGAUGCGGCUGGGGACCAAGUGGUGCCUGACCCGGUCGGUGGGAAGCAGUACAUGCGGGAGGUGUAUUUCGGGGUGGAACCAGAAUACAACGCGCGGUUCACGGUGCCGGUGCUGUUCGACAAGAAGGAGGGGCGCAUCGUGAAUAAUGAGAGCAGUGAGAUUGUGAGGAUGUUGGGGAGCGAGUUCAAUGAGAUCGUGGAGGAUGCCAAGGCCCGAGAGUUGGAUCUGUAUCCCGAGGAUUUGAGGGCCGAGAUUGAUGAGGUGAAUGAGUGGGUUUACCAUGAUAUCAACAACGGGGUGUACAAGAGCGGGUUCGCGACGACGCAGGAGGCGUAUGAGCGGAAUGUCAUCAAGUUGUUUGAGGGGUUGGAUAAGGUCGAGAAGCAUCUGAAGGAGGUGCAGAAGAAGGGCAAGGGGGAGUUUUGGUUUGGGGAUAGAUUGACCGAGGUGGAUGUGAGAUUGUUCCCGACGAUUAUCCGCUUCGACCCCGUCUACGUUCAGCAUUUCAAGUGCAACUUGCGUGACAUCCGGUCUGGAUAUCCAGCCAUCCACAGGUGGAUGCGCCAUCUCUACUGGAAUGUCCCUGCCUUCCGCGAGACGACCAACUUCUUGCACAUCAAAAAGCACUACACUUGCUCGCACCCUCAGAUCAAUCCCAAGGGCAUCACGCCGCUGGGCCCGGUGCCGGAUAUCCUGCCACUCGAUGAGGAAGUUGAGGCUGUCAAGGCCGCGAAGAACUGAAGGAGAGAGCAGCUAUGGUGUAUACCUGCCGGUGGCCAUUCAAUAGCGGAAUAAUGCUCAGAUUUUCAGUGGCUGCAAUGCUCUUUGUCGCCUUGCAUGUCCGCCACAUGUUUGUUAUCUCGGCUUACCAGGUUCUUCCUUUAUUCGCUGAACAAUGAGCUUUCUUCUUGCACCAAGCGAAGCGGCACCUGUCCUUGUUGUGAUAUCUGCUUAUGCAAUCAACAUUCCUUCUCCCCGCACAUAUCAUCACGAUGUCACCAAAAGCGCAAGGCGUAGCGAGCCAUAUGAUUUGAACGUUCUCUUUGGUUCUGUUGAUUGGGUCCUAGCUACAUGGCGUCGUGUCCAGGUAAAAUGUGGUACAAGUACCUUAAUAACCUGCUAGCGACUACUCCCUUGGCCGGAAAGUCCAAGUAAUAAUUGUUGUUAAACUGUUUCGUGCUGGAGAUUGAGCAUUAUAAUUAAUGCUUUCCCAAUGUUAGGCCGAGCGGCAAAGCCUUCC